GCCUCUCAGGAGCUGGAGGCCAUCAAAGCCCGCGUGCGGGAGAUGGAAGAGGAGGCAGAGAAGCUGAAGGAGCUGCAGAACGAGGUGGAGAAGCAGAUGAACAUGAGCCCCCCGCCGGGCAACGCUGGCCCAGUCAUAAUGUCCUUAGAAGAAAAGAUGGAGGCAGACGCUCGGUCCAUAUACGUGGGUAAUGUGGAUUACGGGGCAACGGCCGAAGAGUUGGAGGCUCAUUUCCACGGCUGCGGGUCCGUCAACCGUGUCACCAUCCUGUGUGAUAAAUACAGUGGGCACCCCAAGGGGUUCGCCUACAUUGAGUUCUCCGACAAGGAGUCUGUGCGCACCUCCAUGGCGCUAGACGAAUCCCUGUUCAGGGGGCGACAGAUCAAGGUGAUACCCAAGCGGACCAACCGGCCCGGCAUCAGCACCACAGACCGGGGCUUUCCCCGGGCCCGGUUCCGAGGGCGCGGUUCUGGCUACACCAGCUCCCGGGCCCGGUUCUACAGUGGAUUCAGCAGCCGACCCCGCGGACGCUCAUACAGGGGCCGGGCUAGAGCAACCUCAUGGUAUUCCCCUUACUAAAAAAGUGUUUUUUGGGAAAGAAAAGAA